UCCUUCGAGCAGGACUCGAUAGCAUCACUUUCGUUUGGUUGUUUGCUUUAUCGAUUCACCGAGGAUUGUUUAUGUAUAGACAAAUACAGCCCCAAAUAGUACUUCAAUAGCUGAUUUUUUUUCGCCUCCGUCGGAAGUUUUUAAGGGUUUUAUCUGACGGUGAAGGAGGGGGCAGACUCUGAAGGAAGAGUUCCUCCAGAAGUUUACUGUAAACUAUGUCGUGUGAAGGAAACGGCAUGUCAGAUGCAAGGAUAGGGGAGGCCCUGAUCAAAGAGGUCAUAGAGGAGGAGCUGAAAAGCGUUGACUCAGAGGAUGUCCCGCCCCUUACUCCGAUGGCUACAGGAGUGCAGACUGAGCAGGAGCGGAAGGUCGUGGACCAGCUGGCCAAAAUGGUCCUUAUCAUCGGUGACAGGGUCCAACACGACCAGGAGCUCAAAGAUGCGAUAGAUGGAAUUGCUCAUUGUUCCUGUGGCUCUAAGUGGGACAACUUUAAGGAAGUGGCAAACAAAGUGUUUGAACAUGGGAUCUCCUGGCAGAACAUCGCUGUGCUCUUCUAUGUGGCUGGCAAGCUGGCAGUCAAGAUGGUGGAGGCUCACCUGCCUCAGUCAGUGAAGGAGAUCAUGAAGUGGACCGUGGAUUUUUUCCGAAACAACCUAUUGGGCUGGAUUCGGGAACAUGGAGGAUGGAUCAACAGUUUUGCAGAGCUAGCGGUGGGGUCCGUGCAGAGUGUGUCAUCGCUGAGUGGUCAGCGCUUCGGCCUCGUCCUUAUCUUCUUUGCAGGCCUGGCUCUCGGAAGUGUCAUCACCUGGAGACUGACCAAACGGCUCUGAGGAGUGCACACACACACACACACACACACACACACACACACACACACAUAAAAAGAUACACUUAGGUUGUCCCAAAAUGUUUUGAUACAGUACUAGUUUUCAAAAAUGUGAUGCCCUAUUGAAACCACAGCAAAAAAAAAGUCCUGGGCGUGUCAAGUCGCUGCUGGCUGUUCUGACACCUACUCAUGUCGUCCUGCCUGCUUGUGUCCUCCGCCUCCAGUCAGGUGGGGUUUCUGCUGGAGAGAAUGCCGUAUAACAGCCCAGUUCAUUUUCUUCCCGACUUUUUCAUUUGUUCAACCAUGGGUUAAAAAUCUGAUUGUAAAUUUGUUUCGCGAUAAACCGAAUCAGAAUCAGAAUUUCUUUAAUAAUCACCAGAGGGAAAUUGCUUUUGUUACAGAGAGUCCAAUGUGAAAAUAUUAAGAAUUAUGAGAUACAAUAUAUACAAUAAAACAAGAAUAAAGAACUAAAGCAAAUAUAGAAUUUGUAUACAAAUAUAUACAAUCCUUGUUGUGCUGGACUUUUUGCUCCAGCUUCCUCCCGUAGUUGUUCUUGGCCUCCUUCAUUUUCAGCUUGAGUUUUCCCUGGAUGGUUGCCAUUCCUGAAUACUCUGUGGAUCUUGGCAGUUUUUUUACUUUAAAAUCCUCCAUCCAGUUACAAUAUAGUCGUCUGACGUUCUGAGAAAGAAGCUGAGCAAACAUUAGCGGCAGCUCAGCUCGUAGCCCCUCUGAGACGUCCUUUGUUCCCCAUAAAAACUGUUGUUUUUAAAAAAAAUAAAAACUGCUUCAUUCUGUGUUUUAAUCAGCAAGUCAGUUUGUUAUGGGGAGGAGGUGACCUGUGCAGGUAAUUCAGCCUGAACAACUCCCAUAAUUCCACACUACUUUUAUUGAACGGCAGAAUAUUAAAUAUUGGUAGUUUAAACAUGUGACAACGUUAACACACACACACACACACACACACACACACACAAUGAGUGGAUCAGAAACAAUGAAAUGUAUCUGACCCCACUCAGACCUUAUCCAGUUAUCUAUGCAUACUUGAAAACUUGAAACAAACAUUGUAUCAAAGAUAUUUUUAAAAGAUGUAUAUCAGAUGCAUAUCAUGUUUUAAACUUACAAUUGAGGUAGCCAGUCCAGCACAUCCGUGUACAUGUAGGUGUGUGUUGUUAGUGCAUGUGAAUACCCAGUGUGUUGAAAAGUGAUGCCAAGGGGUCCUGACAUAUGUAAUGAGCUGGGAAUGAAAAACGAAAGCUGUGGGAAGAAAAUCUCUUAAUGUGAACACACACACACACACACAAUUUGGGGUUCAGUAUCUUGCCAAAAGAUACAUACACACUGCCGAGGCCAGGGAUCGAACCACAACCUUCUGAUUAACGGUUGACUACUCUACCACCUGAGCCACACCCACCCAAAGACCUGCAGCAGCUAGAAUGAAGGGUGGAGACAAAACAUAAUUAUGAGGGGACACAGCUCUUUGCUACUGUAAAGAUGAGACAACAGGCAUCAUUUUCAGAAAAAGACAAUAAAUAUAUUGGGGGGGAAAACAGGCAUCAUUUUCAAUAAUCAAUUCCUAUUAAAAAGUGUCCAUUAUAACAUUUAAACACUGCAACUUGUAAAACAAACCCACAGUCAGUGUGGUCAGUUAAGUUAUCUGUGCAAUAAAAACUCUCCCCUUCUCAACUGAACCAAUUUAAAACGAUUGUUUACAGCACAUGGACAGUUAGCUAUAGAGAUGGACAGUGUAAGAGAUGAGAGGGAGAUUUCAGCAUGUAGUACUUACACUUAGACUUUCUCUGCUAUUAACAUUAAUAUAUCGAUACAUCAUACCAAAUCGGCCUCCUGGUCCAGGCUCACCCAGUGGCCAGAUAUACAUGUGGUAUGUAUGGUACUAAAGACUCAAAUAAAGUUGCUUUUAACAAUGCCUACGUACACACAGUACAUCAGACUUGCAUGUCUUGUGGUGGUUUGGACAGGGGUUGUGCGCAUCCAUGGGUGCGUUAACACUACGCACCCAUGAGAUGCAAUACGCAUUUCACCACUACAAGCAGUUUGGGUUGUAUGUACCGGUGUGUCCGUGCAUGGCUAAAAAUAUUUGGACUGGGGGGGUUGCAAGAGGGAUCUGCACUACACGCUUCUUUACCACGGCAACCUGACUAAUUCAUGUUAGCAUUAACUGUAGCAUUAACUGGGAUGCUAAUUUUGGCAAAAAACAAAAUGUACUUUUACUUGAAAAAAUUAACAGCGACUCCUUGGAGUGUCUAUAAGUCCAACCAGUUCUUUGUCAUCUAUUUUCUUCUAAAUUGGGCCAUUAUUUACAUAAUUAACAUCAUAUUGUCUUGAAGAAUAUUUUUUACUAGCAAUUGAGACCAUAGUGUUUAAAAUAAAAUGUUAUGAGUUAAUAAAUCAAGUGAGUCUCAUUUUGUAUUGAAAUGAAUGGACCCAAAAGCUUCUGCAACCUUCGUCAGCUCCCCCUGUUGGAAUUUUUGGUAGAAUGCAGCUUAAGGCACUUUCUGGUUUCCCUCACUGCUUUGACCCGAAGGUUUCCCCCCGGAUAUCUAGGAGUACGCAUUGUUCAAAAGCAAGUAUAUUUGAGCCUGAAGUCCAUUCGAGCCAAGAUUCAACCUCUCUGCAGGGCAUUUACAGUCCCCUUCCUCUUACUAUAAAAGGAGUUAGAAAUAUUUUUAAAUAAAAAAGAACGGGGCUGUUUAAAACUCUGUACGCACUUCUUUUGAAAGAGGCACUUUUUAUUGAUGUUAUUCAGAAUAUUCUGUCUUGUUUUCUUUUACUUGAAAUGAAGGCAUUUUGUUCUACUUUAUAAAAUUGACAAUUAAAAUUGGUAUACAAUUGCACGUCGGUAUGACCCUAGCUUUUAGGAAAUUUCAGGAAGUGAAUUUCUUUUACCCAGCAGUAAUGUUGUGUGUACACCCUCGACUAAUGUAUAGUACAAUGAAAGUGAAAUGAUGGCAAGAUGAUAGAUGGAUUGGAAACAUGGAUAUGGAUCAUAGGGAGACGGGCAGGGACUUAAUUACAUUUAAUCAGUAAUAAUCAUUUUAAUUAUCUUAAGGUGUUGUUUCCUUUCAGUCAUGUAUGCUACUGACACUCUGUAUCAGGUAUAAACUGUAUUUUGAUGUCUAAUAUGCUGAGAUGGUUUUUCACAAACUGUAAAGUGUUGACAUUUUCUCAUGGUUACAGUUUUUUUUCUCUUUAAAAAAAAAUAGGAUUUGAAUGGCUCAUUUGCAUAAAGUGUCUGAAACAUACCAAAACAUAG